CGAAAGCGAGCGCGUGAGUGUACUCGCUCGGCGCGUGUGUGAGAGAGUGUGCGAGUGUGUGUGUGUUUCCUCGCUGUAAGUUGUCGCGGAGGAGCGCAGCACAUUCCGGUGUGCUACUUUAACACCGCGUCAAGCGAAGAGUUUUUCUACCUCGGGACGUCUGGGAGAAAUCGUCGAUAAUUCUCGAUACUUUCCGUCGACUCGGUGAGAUCAUGUCUGCCUCCGCGGCCAAAGCGAGUAAGAAGGAGCUGAACUCCAACCACGACGGCGCCGACGACACCUCCGAAAAGGAGCAACAGGAAGCCAUUGAGCACAUUGAUGAAGUGCAGAAUGAAAUCGACAGACUGAAUGAACAGGCCAGUGAGGAGAUCCUCAAAGUUGAGCAGAAAUACAACAAGCUUCGCCAGCCAUUCUUUCAGAAGAGGUCAGAACUCAUUGCCAAAAUUCCAAACUUUUGGGUCACUACAUUUGUGAACCACCCACAAGUCUCUGCGCUCCUUGGAGAGGAGGAUGAAGAAGCACUUCAUUAUCUCACCAGGGUGGAAGUAACAGAGUUCGAAGACAUCAAAUCAGGCUACAGAAUAGAUUUUUACUUUGAUGAAAACAUGUAUUUUGAAAACAAAGUCCUUUCCAAAGAAAUUCACCUGAAUGAAAGUGGAGACCCAACCCCCAAGUCAACAGAGAUCAAAUGGAAACCUGGAAAGGACCUCACAAAUCGUCCCAGCCAAACUCAGAGUAAAGCAGGCAAAAAGAGGCAACAUGAAGAGCCCGAGAGCUUUUUCACCUGGUUCACUGACCACUCUGAUUCAGGAGCGGAUGAGCUAGGUGAGGUCAUUAAGGAUGACAUCUGGCCCAAUCCUCUGCAGUACUACCUGGUCCCAGACAUGGAAGAUGAGGAAGGAGAGGGUGAAGAGGAAGAUGAUGAUGAGGAAGGUCUAGAGGACAUAGAUGAAGAGGGGGAGGAAGAUGGUGAAGAGGAGGAGGAUGAUGGGGAGGAUGAUGAUGGAGAGGAUGACUGAAGUGGAAAACAUUGAAUAUAAUCCAUCUUUACCUGGUCCUGUUCCCCACUGCCCAUCUGCUUCUUUGGCGAUUUUUGGGAGCAAAUAUGCGUUGGUUUUGUUUUUGGGUUUUUUUUGGGUUGUUUUUUUGUUUUUGUUUUGUUUUUUUUUCCAUCCCCUGCCCAUUUGUUUGUUUUUCUGCUCCAUCUCCUUUUAUCCUGACAGUGCCAUGUUGAAGUCCCCCCAUCCCAUCAUCACAAGAACAGACUCCCAAUAAGAUGACUGCAAAAAUACUGCCAAUGCGGCGUUUAACAUCUCAAUUCCCACGUACAUUUUGAGGCAAAACACACUGUAGUAUCAGCAGCACGCUGUCUGGUGUAGACUUGCAAAUAGCAUUUUCUUUUUUAUAUAUAUAAAUGUACAUGCAUAUUUCUUCCUGUUUGUGAUUAAAUGAACAAAAGCCAUGGUGCAUAGUGCUGUGCGAGUUCCAGCAUCUUUCACUGCUCUGCUUUACUUUACUCAUGGCGUUGUGACCCAUUGUUUUGUUUUGUUUUUUCCCCCUCCCUGAUCAAGUUUGUGGUUCAAGCAACACAGAAUUCACAAGCUUAUUCCUGUCCCUUCUGUAAUCUUGUCAGUUCAGGGGGGGAUAAAUUUCAAUGAGGUAUUAGGGAGGAAAUAGGGUAUUUGGACACCAUUUGGAUUUAUUUUUUUUAUUAUUAUUUUUAUCUUGUCUUGUUUUACAGACAUUCAUCAAAUUUGAAAUGACAUUUUGAUAAAGAAAAAAUAAAAAUUAAAAAAAAAAACUACUUAACCAUGCUUGUAAAUUUUGGCCCCAUUACCUUGGUUUAAAUUUUGUGUGGUGUAUGUUCUACUAACCUGCUUCUCACAAGAGAAACUUUAGCUGUUCAGUUUGCUUUGUUAAAAUAAAACUUAAUGUGAA